AUGACCAAAUAUAGACAAUUGGCUGAUAAGAUCAUUACACUUAUCAAGAAAGAUAAAGCAGAAUUUUAUUCAUCUAAGGUCAAAAGCAAACGCAAACACGAUGCAGCAAAAUGGCAUAGAACGAUAUCCCAGUUAGCUGGCUUUGAAGGUGACAAUCUAAACAACAACUUAAUCUCAGACAGCACUCCCGAUACAGCGGAAAUACUGCAGAAUAUAUUUACUAAACCAUGGUCAAAACUUCCUGAAACCAUAAUCCCUAGUCUUGAAGACGUAGCGUCAUCACUGAAGCAAGAAAAUCCUCCUACUCCCUCAAUUGGACAGGUUAAGACUGCCUUGAAACAACUAAACUCUAAAAAAGCCACCGGGUCCGAUGGGAUUCCAGCAUGGGUACUUAAACGAUACUGUGAAGAACUAGCGCCCAUCGUUCAUGACAUUAUUUGCGCCAGUAUAAAAGAAUGUGAAUAUCCAACUGCGUAUAAACACGCCUUAGUUAUCCCAGUUCCGAAGGUCAAUCCACCAAGAGAUAUCGAGAAUGACUUUCGCCAGAUAUCCAUUCUUCCCCAAAUGGCUAAAGUGCUGGAAAAGCUGCAGCUCAAACUGAACCUUCCCAGUUCACGUAUAAACGAUAAUCAGCAUGCCUUUACAAGCAAACGAUCAACCGUGUCCGCACUCACCAACAUCUCGCAGAACUGGUUUAAUGUGACCGACAAUACGCAUAGCGCCAAAAAUGGAGUUCAUGCACUAUUCAUAGAUUUUCGCAAAGCGUUUGACCUUGUUGACCACGGAAUUCUACUUCGUAAGCUCGCAGAAAUGAAUGUAACCAAAGCUUUUUGGCUAUGGACGCGCAGUUUUCUGGAAGAUAGAAGACAACAGGUCAAACUAGCAGAAACCCUAUCAUCGGUCAAACCUUGUCCUGCAGGAGUCCCACAAGGUUCUGUGAUGUCCCCCGCUCUUUUUAAUACACACAUUAACGAUAUUGAGAACUCAAUCCCAGAUGGAUUAUCCAUAAACAUAUGCAAAUACGCGGAUGAUUGUACACAGGACGAAGUGGUGUCACAAGGUUCAUCCAGCCAUAUGCAGGAGGCCCUUGAAACAGUACAAGAAUGGUCUAAUAGGAACAAAAUGACGAUAAAUUCGAAGAAAACAAAAGAUAUGUGGAUAUGUUUUAACACAGCAAUGCCGGCACCAGAACCAUUUGUCAUUGGAAACGAGGCAGAGGAAAGAGUAAAUUCUCAUAAACUGUUGGGUGUCUGGCAUCAAAACAAGAGAAUGCCGUAG